CAGGCGGGAGGCGGAGAGCGCGGAGGGGCGAGGCCCGGCUGUGGGGGCCGCUCGGCCCGGGGGAGCCUGCGCCCCGCUCAGCCUUGCAGCCCCGCGCCCUGAGCAUCUCCCGGAGGAACGGAGACAAAGGAGGAUUCAUGUCCAAAGGGCUCCCCGAGACCAGGACGGACGCAGCCAUGUCAGAGCUGGUGCCCGAGCCCAGGCCUAAGCCGGCAGUGCCCAUGAAACCCGUCAGCAUCAACUCCAACUUGCUGGGCUACAUCGGCAUCGACACCAUCAUUGAGCAGAUGCGCAAGAAGACCAUGAAGACUGGUUUUGAUUUCAACAUCAUGGUUGUGGGCCAGAGUGGAUUGGGCAAAUCAACGUUGGUCAACACACUCUUCAAAUCCCAAGUGAGCCGAAAGGCUGCGAGCUGGAACCGGGAGGAGAAGAUCCCCAAGACAGUGGAGAUCAAAGCUAUCGGGCAUGUGAUUGAGGAAGGUGGCGUCAAAAUGAAGCUGACUGUCAUUGACACCCCAGGCUUUGGAGACCAGAUCAACAAUGAAAACUGCUGGGAGCCCAUCGAGAAGUACAUUAAUGAGCAGUACGAGAAGUUCUUGAAGGAGGAGGUGAACAUCGCCAGGAAGAAGCGCAUCCCUGACACGCGUGUCCACUGCUGCCUCUACUUCAUCUCCCCCACUGGACACUCCUUGCGACCCCUGGACCUCGAGUUCAUGAAACACCUCAGCAAGGUGGUGAACAUCAUCCCUGUCAUUGCCAAGGCUGAUACCAUGACCCUGGAGGAGAAGUCCGAAUUCAAGCAGAGGGUCCGCAAGGAGCUUGAAGUGAACGGCAUUGAAUUCUACCCCCAAAAGGAAUUUGAUGAGGACCUGGAGGACAAGACAGAGAAUGACAAAAUCAGGCAGGAGAGCAUGCCUUUUGCUGUGGUGGGAAGUGACAAGGAGUACCAAGUGAAUGGCAAGAGGGUCCUCGGCAGAAAAACCCCCUGGGGGAUCAUCGAAGUGGAAAAUCUCAACCACUGUGAGUUUGCUCUACUUCGAGACUUUGUUAUCAGGACCCACCUCCAGGACCUCAAGGAAGUGACCCACAACAUCCACUAUGAGACUUACAGGGCCAAGCGGCUCAAUGACAAUGGAGGCCUCCCUCCGGGAGAAGGCCUCCUGGGCACUGUCCUUCCACCUGUGCCAGCCACCCCCUGCCCCUCUGCUGAAUGAAGGCCAUUUCAAGCUGCUUCUCCCUCCAUGCCUCUCAGCCGACCUUGCUGCAGGGCCACGCCCCUCUUAGUGUUGUGCUCGCCCCGCCCGCCCGCGCACCGCAGGUGGGAGGGGCCGGCCGCCUCCUUAGGACAGUGGUUUCCUCCAUUUAGCCAAACCUCUCCUCCCCUCCCGGAGGCAGAGUUCUUGCCCGCACUGUCCCUGCUCCACCGGCUGUGUCAGCCAGCCCCAGCCCACCUAUAGGGAGAAAGAACUCACCAAGAGCAGCUUCUCCCCUCGCCACUCCAUCGCAGCUACGUGACUGUCUCCAAGGGAGAUGACGUUGCUCCCUACCCAUUCAUCCCCAUGAGCUGCUCUUGGCUUCCUUCAAGGGUCGAAAAGACAACUUUUCUGCUUGUCAUAGUCACUGAGAUCAGCCAUGUAAGCCCCAGUGUGGGAUAAGGGUGGCUCUUUAGUUACCCAAAGGUAUAUUUAAAAGGGUGGGUCAUUGCACAUGAGGGGGAGCUGGGUUAGGAUCACUUUUUAAAGAAUCACCACGGUGGCUGGCACCUGCCCACCCUCCCCGUAAUGCAGCCACUUAGCUAGAGUGGUUUUCCCAAAGCAGAGAGUACUAUAGUUGACUUCCUCCUUAUCCUCCAAACAAGGAAAAUGAACUAAAUACACGUCCAAAAGCCCAGAAACUUACAAGCUAUACACUGUAGGAUGAAAAAUGGCACCCUCCUGUUCACUUAGCAAUAAGAGGGGCCUUUCCCAUCUGCUCCUCCUACUCCAGUCUCCUGUCCCUUACCCUGUUAAUGUGAGUAAUGAAUUGGCCUGGCCAUAGAUGGUCACUGUAGUCUAAUGGAAAAUACCCAACAGAGGGCAAAGUCCCCAUCUGAUGCAUGAAUGUUUGCGAAUGUUGGCUUCCACUGCCCCACACACUGUGUCUUUAUAGAACCCUCCUUUGCCUACCCUACCCCAUCUCCACCUGGACACAACUUGCUCAAAGGCUGGUGACUUGUGGGCCAUUCAUCUAUAACUAAGACCUGAUGGAACAAGAGGCCCAAGCCCAAGGGAUGCAAGAACGACCCAUUUCUUAAAUGUCACAGUCCCAGCCAACCUUUUGGUGACACUCUGGUUCAAUUUCCUAAUUGAAAACAAGCCAACAGACACUCAAACUGGUUGUGUAAAUGUUGCUAGACUUUCUGUGUUGUACAACUAAACAUUGCUAUUUGAACAAUAA